AUGGCUAUUACUACUGACUCCGAAAUCUCUCGCCUUGCUGAGAUGGUCGCUAGCCUUGCAGUGCAGGUGGCAGCACUAACACCUCCGGCGAACAAUGCUGGCGCUGGUGCCAAUCCCUCUCCUCCGGCUCCGGCGCCAACUCCCGCUCCUGUGGCUGUUGCAGCCAACUCUGCGCCUCCAAUUGUCCCUGGCGACGGACCCACCAUGGGAUUGCCAGGCUCCUCCGAAGACCAGGAAGCAGAGGCCUCGACUUGUUCGCACCGGCGCUGGUACGUUGUUAUAGUUGGCCUCCAAGUGGGUGUUUUCCGCGGCUGGACAAACGCCGCCCCCCUUGUGCUUGGUGUUGCAGGCUCGAUCUACAACAAGGAGCCUACCCGUGGGGCCGCCAUUGUGGCUUUCAAUGCCGCCGCUGCGACUGGCCAGGUCUGCCUCAUUGACUAA